AUAUUAAUAAGCAAAAUGCUUCAAACUAAAAAUUCAUAGCUAGACUCGCGAUAAUUGAAUAGAAUUUUUCGAACGAUGAGGACAGACAACUAUGGUUUAGAUAAAAAUGUCAAGGGCUCCGUAUAAAAAACAAUCCCAAGUUCGGGUUUUAAAUUAGUCUGGCUACAGCUGACUGCAUGCUCUCGUCGAUAUACCAACGGUCAGAGAUUGGUGCUAAAGUACAGGUGCCAAAGUGAAAGUCCUUGCAUAAUAUACAGCUCUAGAGAAAUCAACCACAUUUUAUUCAAUUAUCCUUGCUAAUUUCAGUUUUCGUCUCAGAUUCGAAAAUGCCUUGCCCAUUUUUAACAAGGUUUAGCCAAACUUACGUCAAAAACUAUGCACCUGUCUUGGUAAAAAUGUACGGGAGUCAAUGCCCGGUUAUUUCGAGAUCCAUGAACCAUACGGCUGGUGAGAACGAACUACAAGAAAAACUAUCGACCGUCUCAAAGUGCCCUUUUUUAAACGAAGUUACCAGUGCGAUUAAAGAAUUAAAGCAGGACGAUGUUAUUGAGGUCAAUCAGGAAACAAAACCUACAACUAAUGCAACCUUCGCAUACGACGACUUUUUCCAUGAACAAAUUAUGAAAAAGAAAAAGGAACAUUCUUACAGGAUUUUCAAAAAAGUUAAUCGUUUGGCUGGGGCUGGACAAUUCCCAAAAGCACUUGAGUACACUUCCGGAGAGAAACCCAUCACCGUUUGGUGUUCAAAUGAUUAUUUAGGCAUGUCCUGUCAUCCCGUUGUUAAAAACGAAGUCAGAAAUGCCUUGGAACGAUUUGGAAGUGGAGCGGGAGGGACAAGAAACAUUUCUGGAAACUCGAUCUUACACGAAAACCUAGAAAAGACUUUAGCAGAACUCCACGAGAAAGAGGGAGCUCUGUUAUUUACUUCAUGUUUCGUAGCGAACGACACCACUUUAUUCACCUUAGCCAAAGCACUGCCAGGUUGCCACAUUUUCUCUGAUGCCGGUAACCAUGCAUCUAUGAUUCAAGGAAUAAAAAAUAGCCAAGUUCCCAAGCACAUUUUCAAACACAACGAUCCCGAACAUUUAGAACAACUGCUCAAAAAAGUGGAUAAAGGUGUUCCAAAAAUCGUAGCCUUUGAGACUGUCCAUUCCAUGACAGGCGCUGUAUGUCCUCUUGAAGAUUUAUGUGAUAUAACUCACAAAUACGGAGGCCUAACUUUUGUUGAUGAAGUUCAUGCCGUCGGAGUUCAUGGAGAACAUGGAGCAGGUAUUGGAGAAAGAGAUCAUGUCAUGCAUAAAAUGGAUAUGAUCUCAGGAACGCUUGGAAAAGCUUUUGGCAACAUUGGAGGAUACGUCGCUGCAAACGCAAUUUUAAUUGAUAUGAUAAGGUCAUACGGAGCAGGGUUCAUUUUUACAACAUCACUACCUCCAACUGUCCUGGCUGGGGCCAAAAAAGCUAUUGAAAUUUUGGCUUCAGACGAAGGACGAAUGUUGCGACAAAAACACCAAGAAAAUGUCCAAUACCUGCGAGAAAAAUUGCUGAGGAACGGGUUUCCUGUUGAGCACACACCAAGUCAUAUCAUUCCAAUUAAAAUUGGCGAUCCCAAAAAGAGUGCUGCAGUAAGCGAUACUCUUCUAAUGAAAAAAGGCCACUACAUUCAAGCCAUCAACUAUCCAACAGUGGCAAGAGGUCAAGAGAAAUUAAGACUGGCUCCUACACCUCACCAUACAAAGGAAAUGAUGGAUUUGCUUGUAUCUGACUUGAAGGAAGUCUGGGAAAAACUUGAACUGCCAUUCACUGGACUACAGUGUGGAAAGGAAUGCCAGUUCUGUCAAAAACCAAUUCUAGUCGACUACUACGAAUCUAGAGAACGAUGUGAUAUCCCAAACUGCCCACAGAUUCUUGCAGCAGCAUAACAUGCCAGCAUGUUACAAUUAUCUGUACCGAUUUUAAAUUAUAUAUCAAAUGUAUUAUAUAUUAUCUCACAUUUAAAGAUUUUAUAUUUUUCUAUAACUUGUUGAUAUUUUAAAGGUCUCGUUUUAUUCGCAUCAAAUGCUUGGAGAAAUUGCCUUUUUCAAUUAUUAUAUAGAUAGUUGUUAAACGUGUUCUACAAUUACGCGUUUGUUGAAAGAUUUGUUUUAAAUCAAAAAUUGUUAAAAAAAUCAUAUUUAUAUUUAAUAAAAUUCUUUAGUAAAGCACUAAAAGGUAUGGGCUA